CAAGCCUUCACAAAUCCAAAUGUGUGGAUGGGGCGAUUGGCUUAGCUUGCCUAGGUUUGCGAGCGCUUGUCGCUGAUCCGAUCGAGUGUCGGCUUUUUGGGCACAAAUCAAAGGAAGUUUGCGGUCCAUCCACAUGUUUGUGCCUUAUUAGUAUCGCUUGCGCGAGUUUCACCUUAGUGAAAAAAAUGAGCGGAGGAGUGGUAGAAUGGUCGAUUGAUAAAGCUCUACGCUUUUUAGAGCUUUAUCAAGGAGAACCAUGUAUUUGGAACCCGAAAGAUAAGGAGCACAAGGACAAGAAAAAAGUUGCAGAUGCAUGGAACCGGCUCAGUGAAACUUUAAAAAUUUCCGUGAAAGAGUUAAAAAACAAAAAAGAAAUACUGAUGGUCACAUUCCGAAAACAUUUUAAGAAGAAGCAAGAUUGUAUUCGUUCUGGCUCAGGUGCAGGUGAAAUUUACGAACCUACAUGGUUCGCCUACCAAUUGAUGGAGUCGUUUCUCCUCCCCGUAUAUACGAGAAACACGGGUCUCAAUUCGAAAACGCAAUCAACGCCAAAACCAGAAGCCAACGAUACGGAAAACGAUACUGAGACGACAGAAAACCACAACAACCUGGAGGGACCCUCAAAUUUCAUCGCUGCCAGUUCAUCUACGCCAUCAACAAAUAAAUCUACGGAGAAAACGCGUCGUCGCCAACAUCAGGAUAUGGCUGAACAACAAAUGGCCUCGGCGUUUAGCCAACUGACUAAUGCAUUAAGUCAUAGAUCUUCGGAGGUAGUCAAAGAAGAUGACGAAUGUGAUCUUUAUGCUAAGCUCCUAGCUAAAAAAAUAAGGGAACUGCCUAAAGACGAUAGGCGAUUAUUGAUGUACGAAAUAGACGGCCUAUGUAUUAGGCGAAUUAACCGGAGGUCAUUUUCGCGUGAUACACCAUCUCCUAACUAUUUCGAACCUUAUGCCCGUAGUUAUACCGCAAACCGGCCAUCAAGUGCUCAAACCUCAUAUUCAGAACCCAGCUCAAAACUGUUCAUAUCUUCCCAUGACUACGAACAUCGUCCGAAAUCAUGACAGGUCAUCCACUCCAUUACCGCCACCCGCUGAAAAUAUCACGCAGCCCAACCUAACUCUUUGAAUCCAUCUUCAAACUCCAUGAACAUUUUAUCUGAAGAAAUAAUAGUGCCCUCCAACAACACCUUGAUUAACGAAGCACUCCAGAAUACAUUUCUAAACUUUGAAGAUCAAAAUAUUGAAUAAUUUCAUUGUAUUUACGUGUUGUGUAUUUAAUUAAAAUUAUUUUUCAUGCUCUAAAAAUGUGUCUUGUUUUCUAAAGUGCAAACUUAGUAGACUAGUGUACUAACCUGCAUAUAAU